UAUGGCUAAGGAAAGAAUAAAAAAGGAUUCAGAGGAAAUAAACAAAUAUAAGCAUAAUGGUGACGAUUUCAUUGUAGAUAUAUAUGAAAUAGGAAAUUAUUAAAUACAAAUAUGCAUCAAAGGUCCGGAUGAUUCACCCUAUAAAUCUUACCUAUUUUUCCUUAAUUUUUAGUUCUCGAAUGAAUAUCCUUAAAUUCCUCCAUAGGUCACAUUCAUGAAUAAAAUUUUCCAUCCAAACAUCAAUAUUUUAGGUUAUAUUUACUUAAGUAUCCUAAAGGAUGAUUGGAGGAGUGAUUAUACAAUAUACACAAGUAAGAAUUUGUCAAGAUUUAGUUUUGAUGAACAUAAAAUAACUAUUAAAAUAGCCAGAUGCAGAUAAUUCAUUUUUUCCAGAAGCAACUUCUCUUUAUUUAAAAAAGAAGUUAGAAUUGAAUUUUGAAUUCGAAAAAAAGGCAAAGGACUGGGCUUAGAAAUAUGCUAUUUUUAAUUGA